AAAAAGAAACACUGACUCGCUCACCAACCAAACAAACUAAUGGAAUACGAUGGAGUGCCAAAUCGAAAUUGUGAGUCGUGAGUUGUGAUGAACAAGUAGUAGUAGGUGUUGAACCCUUCGUUGUUGAUUAAACAAAAAUUAAAGUCAAGCUUGAUUACACCCAACGUCAUGCCGUAUUCUAGACAAAUAUCAUCGUUUUUAACGUUGCUUGUUGAUUUUGCUCAAAGAAGAAGAAAUUGAAAGAAAUUAAUGGAGAAAAGAAGGAGCUUCAAAUUGAAGCUGCAAUCACUGUUCUUUCUUCUCAUCACUUCAUCAUAUCUCUCUUCCACAUUCUCACUUGAUUUCCCACCUUCUUCUCAUGGAUGCUUCUGGACGGAUUCUUGUCAGAACAAAUGGUUUGGAGGAUGUGGUGCAGGUCAUGUCUUAAUAGACUACUCUGAUGACUGUAAUGGACUUUGCCCGCAGCCAGGAUAUGAUCCAUGCCAUCCAUUUUACACUCAUUUUCACUGUUGCAAAUCAGAAGCUCCGAAGGUGACUGAUAAGUGUGCAAAAUGUAAAAGUAAGGUAGACUUUGGUGAUGAGUAUGUAUGUUGUAUGGACUGCUCGGAUCCUUCUAUCACUGACAAAGCUACCAAAGUUGGUUAUUGUAAGACAGGAGCGGAGUUAGCUGUUCAGCAAAAACUACGAGAAACGUUUAAGUGGGUUACUGGUCCAUGGAUGCCAUGUUCAUCUCCAUGUGAUGGAGGGGUUAGGUAUCGAGAUAUGGAGUGUUAUGGGCAGUUGGAGGAUAUGUCCAUUCCACAUUAUCCAGUUGAUGAAAGUAGAUGCUCGAGGGAAGAAAUGCCACCUGAGCAGGAGGCCUGCAACUUAAAAAGCUGUGAAGAUAUGGCUGAAAGUGAUUCUUUAGAAGGCAGCAAACGUAGUGGGAUGUCUGCUUGGCUGGUUAUGCUGCUUGUUUUACUCAGCAUUUCAGCUAUAGGUGGUCUUGGAUUUGCAGGUUACACUUUAUACAAGAGGAGAACCUCAACUCAACAAGGAUUUGUAUAUAUCAUGUUGGAAGGAUAUUCGUAAGUUUUCUGCUGGAGAUGAUAGAAGUCAAGCUAAAUAUGUGUACAAUAUUGAAAACCUUUACAUUAUCAAAAAAAGAAUUGAUUGAUGUUGGAGUUCCAGUUUUACUUGUAUAAAUUUUUGAAGAACGAUAGGAGCCUCUUCGUAAGUUUCAAAAAAAGAAAGAAAAUAUGAGCAUGUUUGCCGCA